CCUAAUUUCAUGACUUCAUCAUUCCUCUGUAAUCUGAACCUUUCCUCCUACCGUUUUUUCUCCUUUCCUACUACCGUUUUUUCUCACGAACAUGUUGAACCCAGAAAUUUGGAGACUUUCUACCAUUCCAUAUCUCAGGCUCGUUCGAUCUGUGGCUGUAUCUGAGGGUCACUUUGUGCUUGGUUGAGAAAUAUUACUGAUCUUUGAAUCUCUAUUCAGAUCUGUUUAUUCUGUAUCUCCAUCUUUGACCAAAAAGAGUUGUUGAAUUUGAUUUGCACGGUGAUGGAGGAUUCAGGAAUUGGAAGUUGGUGUUCUGAUGAAGGUUAUUCAUCAAAUGGUGUAGAGAAAAGCAAUGGAGUAGCUGCUGGAAUUGUUUCACCACCCACACCCACCCAGUUUGAGUUAGUUGGUGAGGAUGAAACAGGUGAAGGAGUGGCUGUCAAUAGUAUGGAUGACGUCGCACAUACUUUGUGGGAUUGUAUGAAUGCGACUGAUUUUAUGAAGUAUCACUUCCUUAAUCGGCAGGUAGCAUUUGAUUUCUACAACUUCUAUGCUAGAGUUAAGGGCUUCUCAAUAAGGAAAAGCAAGGUUUUGAGAAACAAAAAAGGUGAUAUUGUGCGGCAAGACUUAGUGUGUCACAAGGAAGGUUUUCGUGAAGAGAAAAAUAGAAUGAGGGCAAAUCGUAAAAGGGAAACAAAGGUGGAGACAAGGUGUGGGUGCAGUGCAAAAAUGAGGAUUAGAUUUGUUGGUGAAAGUGGUAGGUGGCAUGUUGCUCUAUUUGGAGAAUCUCACAAUCAUGCGUUAUUAGAGGGGAAGCAAUCAACAAUGUUACCAGCACAUCGCCAGUUAAAAGAUAGUGAUAUAAUGGGAAUGAAUAGCAUGCGAAAAGUUGGUAUAAGCACUACUGAGAUAUACAAUUUUAUUGCUGACCAAUCUGGUGGGUUUGAGAAAACCAAUUUUCUCAAGGUAGACAUGUUUAAUCAAAUGACGAAGCAAAAACAAAAAGAGCAAUGUGAUGCCAAAGCCGUGCUGGUGUACCUUAAGGGCCUAGCUUCUAGUGAUCCUGGGAUGUAUUGGUCACACCAUGUUGAUGAUGAGGGCAAUUUAAAACAAUUGUUUUGGGCUGAUGGGAUUAGUAGAAUGGAUUUUCAGGUAUUUGGUGAGGUGCUUGCAUUUGAUGCAACAUACAGGAAGAAUAAGUAUGGCUGUCCGAUUGUUGUUUUAGUUUGAGUUAACCAUCAUUGUCAUACUAUUGUGUUUGGCACCGCUGUUUUGACUAAUGAGAAAGAGGAAAGCUAUGUUUGAGUACUUGAACAAUUUUUGGCAGCUAUGAAAGGGAAAGAACCUACUGCAGUUAUAACUGAUGGUGAUCCUGCGAUGCGGAAUGCUAUUACUCGAGUACUACCUAAAGCCCAUCACCGAUUGUGUGCGUGGCACCUUUUACAAAAUGCUCAAAGAAAUGUAGGGGACCCAAAUUUUGUGAAAGGUUUUAAAGGUUGUAUGUUGGGUAAUUAUAGUGUUGGGAACUUCAAAAAAAAAAUGGUUUGAAUUGGUUAGUGAGCUGAAGCUUGAAGACAAUCCAUGGGUUCAAGGUUUGUAUGAGAAGAGGCACAUGUGGGCUACAUGUCUAAUGCGUGGGAAGUUCUUUGCUGGGUUUCGUACAACUUCACGGUGCGAAGGUAUGCAUUCCCAAAUUGGUAGGAUUGUGCGUUCCCGAAACAGCUUGCUGGAAUUUGUACAAUAUUUUGAGCGUUAUGUGGAUUACAUGCGAUGGAGAGAGGUUGAUGCAGACUAUAAGUCUGUGGUUGGAGAUAUUGUUCCACAAACUAGUGUGCGAGCGCUGGAACGGUGUGCAGGAAAAUUGUAUACAAGGACUGUUUUCCUAAAAUUUCGUUCUUGGCUAAACAGUGGAAGCGUAAUGAAGGUUGGGGCAAUAAAGGAGACCUCAUCAUGUAUUAUAUAUUCGAUGUACAGGUAUACUUCUUGUUCUCAUAUUUUUAAGUUCUUUUUCUUCUUCCUUUUCCAAACCCCAUAUCCCCAUAUUUAAUCGACUUAUAUUCUUAAUUAUUAUUAUUAUCAGUAUUAUGGUGAUGAUCUUUAACUAGUACUAGUAGUAUAUAUUUAUCUAAAAUGCAAUAUAUCUGAAAAUCCCCUAAAUCUUAUGGUUCGAAUAACACACACUGUGGAUGUACAAGUAUUGUAAACCACAGAAGUUGUGGCAUGUGGCACACGAUGAAAAAAUGUCCACCUUUAGGUGUUCAUGUCAGCGGAUGGAGACGUUUGGGCUGCCCUGUGACCACAUAAUUGGUCUAUUGGUACAUCUAGACAUUGAUGUCAUACCAGAGUGUUUAGUACUGCAAAGAUGGUGUAAGGCAGCUAAGGACUGUAUGAAAGGGAACUCUGACUCGACUUACAAGUUUUGGGAGUCCACAGUUUUGGCCAGGCUAGGAUCAUUGGUUUUGAGAAGUAGAGAAAUGUUUAACCUUGGCUGCGAAUCGAUGGAUGACUACCUUGAUACUAUUGAGGUGAUGGAGAACCAUGUCACCAAACUGAAGGCAAAGAAGCUUGCUGUAAGCGGAAGUUCUGCUGUUAAUGAAGAGACGCCAAUUGAAGUGUUUGAUAAUGUGAAAAAUCCUGAGGUAGUUAGGACCAAAGGUUGUGGUGGCACCUCAACCGGAAACGGAAACAAGAGCAAACGAAGGUGCACUGUAUGUAAGAAGGAAGGCCACAACAAAACAACAUGCAAACGUCAAAAAACUUCUACAGGAUUUUCUGAUGUUGUUGGACUUGACGGUGCAGGCGUAGGUGAGUCCAACAUGUAAUGUGCUGAAUUGGCUAACAUAAGAUGGGCCCAUAAGAUGAUAGUUCAGGUUUGUUCUUCGAUGUCGUCACAUAUUGCAAGAGAUGAAGUGUUGUGAAUCAUCCAGCAUUCAAAUUUAGUUUUGUGUAGGGUGUACUUUUAGGGCAACCACUGAUAUGUUGUAUUAAUGGGUGUACUAAUAUAUCCAUUUUAAAUUAGGGUUUUCCAAAACUUUGUGAAGUUGCUGUAAUGCGAGUAAAGUGGGUGCAAGUCCAUGUAACAGAUUAAUGUGCAUUGAUGUUAUGAAUGGCUAACUUGCUACCAUUUCCCUAAAAUUACUUGAAACGUUAGCAAUGUAGUUGGGGACCUCAAUUUAGCUGCAAUUUAUAUUGUCAUUUGUAGG